UGAAACUAACUAACCAAGUGCAACCUGAUUAUGAUCAUAUGCGUCGCCGAGCUCUGAUAUGCAUCAGACGCUGGGCGCAGUACGCCUCGCAUACCGCUCGCGUAUCGCUCAUCUCGUGAAGUCAGGCAUGAUCGACAACGCGGUCCAGGUGUUCGACGAAAUGCGUCACUCAAGCUACCGCGUUUUCUCCGUCGACUACAAUCGUUUCAUCGGGGUUUUGGUCAAAGACUCGAGAUUCGAGCUCGCCGAGGCGAUAUAUAGGGAUAUGACCCCAAUGGGCUUCUCCCUCAUUCCGUUUACUUACUCGAGGUUUAUCUCGGGUUUAUGUAAAGUUAAAAACUUUGAUCUCAUUGACGCUCUUAUGAGGGACAUGGAGACCCUCGGAUACGUGCCGGAUAUCUGGGCGUUUAAUAUUUAUCUGGAUCUGUUGUGUCGUGAGAGGAAGGUUGGUUUUGCUGUUCAGACGUUUUGCUGUAUGGUUCGGAGAGGUAGAGAACCUGAUGUUGUAUCUUAUACUAUACUUAUUAAUGGGUUGUUUAGAGCUGGUAAGGUUACUGAUGCUGUUGAGAUUUGGAAUGAGAUGAUUCGUAGAGGGAUUAGGCCGGAUAAUAGAGCAUGUGCGGCACUUGUUGUUGGGUUGUGUCACGCUCGGAAAGUUGAUUUGGCGUAUGAGAUGGUGGCUGAUGAGAUAAAGAGUGCAAGGGUUAAGCUUAGUACAGUGGUUUAUAAUGCGUUGAUUAGUGGGUUUUGUAGGGCGGGUAGGAUAGAAAAGGCGGAAGCUUUGAAGUCGUUUAUGAGUAAGAGUGGGUGUGAGCCGGACGUUGUAACGUACAAUGUGUUGUUGAAUUUUUAUUAUGAUAACAACAUGUUGAAGAAAGCGGAAGGGGUGAUGAGCGAGAUGGUGAAGAGUGGGAUACAGCCUGAUGCUUAUAGUUAUAACCAGUUGCUGAAGCGGCAUUGCAGGGUUAGUCAUCCUGAUAAAUGCUAUUCCUUCAUGGCUAAAGAGAUGGAGCCUAGAGGAUUGUGUGACGUUGUCUCCUACAGCACUCUGAUUGAAACGUUCUGCAGGGCGUCAAACACUAGGAAGGCUUACAAGAUCUUUGAGGAAAUGAGAGAGAAGGGGGUGGUGAUGAAUGUGGUGACGUACACGAGUCUUAUCAAGGCUUUUCUCAGGGAAGGUAACUCUAGUGUUGCGAAGAAGCUUCUCGAUCAGAUGACAGAGUUAGGUCUGUCACCAGACCGCAUAUUUUACACAACGAUUCUGGAGCAUUUGUGUAAAUCCGGGAAUCUCGACAAGGCUUAUGGUGUUUUCAAGGACAUGAUUGAGCACGGAAUCGCACCCGAUGUGAUUUCUUAUAACGCCCUGAUAAGUGCCCUCUGCAGGUCUUGUAGAGUAACUGAAGCAAUGAAACUGUUUGAGGACAUGCAGAGUAAAGAGUGUUGUCCUGAUGAAUUGACUUUCAAGUUCAUUAUUGGAGGACUCAUACGGGAAAAUAAAGUAUCCGCGGCCUACAAGAUCUGGGACCAGAUGAUGGAUAAAGGAUUCACCCUUGAUAGAGAUGUGUCUGAUACACUCAUAAAGGCUAGCUGUUCAGUGAGUGCUGAUGCGUAGGCAUAAUAAGGGUAUAAACCUUUAAAAUUGUCAAACUUGCCUUCUCCGUUGAGAAAAUGCCAUCUUAGUCAAAUUAUGGCGGCAUGGAGAUGCUGAUACAGAGCCGUUUAAGCCUCUAUUGAUACCUGCUGCUGCUUGGAGAAAAAACAAAAGACUUAUCAGCUGACUUUGACAUUAAUACUCCUGAAGAGGGUCAUCAUUUAUGGUCAGACUAUGGCACAAGUCAGACAGCUCCCUAGCGUUGUUGGAGAUGAAACAAUUUCUCCCAACUCAGUGUAAACCCACUCCUCAGAAAUAUUACACUGAGGAGUGAGGACUGAUAAAUUUUGGACUGAGGAGUUACCUUUUUUUUAUGUAUCGGCACAUCAAGCUUUGUUGUUUCUUGGUUGGAGAAAGCAUGAAAAUUCUCCUUCAAAGGUACGCUUGUAGAACAUUUUUCCAUAAUUGGACCCUGUAAGCUCUCACCUCUCUCUCUCUCCAAGAACCUUGAAUAACUUGGUACUGUAAGAACAACAAAAAGUGAAUCAGACCUAGUCUUUACA